CAUUAAACCACCCUCCUCCAUCCCAACUAUCACACCUCACGAGGAUAUUCAUCAUCAUCACCAUCUUCUUUCUUUCUUUGUUCCUUUUUAUCAAAAACAAAUUGCUUUUCCUUAUAUCGUAAAACCUUUCAACAUGUUGUCUUCCGCUGGAUCGCUGCUUAUGCGGCGCGAUAACAUGCCUAAGCCUGAUCUUGGCUAUGAGCUUCAGCAACUCCCCGACUGGUCGAGAUUCGUAUUCCUCGCCAACUUCAUCCUCUUCCUCCCUGUCUUUGUUCUCAUCAACUACACCUUCGAAAAGGUCUUCCCCGUUCUCGCCAUCGUCGAAGAUGAGAAACCUCCCGCUUACGAACCUCUCCCCGUCGAGCCUCUCGCCAACGAUGACAUGCCCAAACCCGCUUCAACUUCGUCUGUUCCCGUCGCUGGCCAGGGCCGUCCUGUUACUUCGUCUUUCCGAGCUACCUGGCGCCUGCUCCGAUCUACUGGUGGUUUCCGCGCCAUCUUCCGUGGUCUGCCCUGCUUCAUCGCCCAAGCUGUCGUCACGGCCCUCAUCAACGGCAUCACCUAUACCAUCAUUCCUUAUUCCUUUGUUCUAUCCAACUUGAUCGGUUCUCUCGUCUGCGUUCAGCUCAGCGCCGCCUGGGUUCAUAUCGUCAUUACGCCUCCUUCUCCUCUCAAGUUCUGGAGCCGUCUCCCUCCUUUCAAGACCACUUUCGCCGCCACCUGGAGGCCUACUCUCAUCUUCUGGGCUGCCUCUCAGAUCGUCAACCUUGGCACUUUCGGAGUUCUCUACCUCGUUGGCGGUGACCAGACCACUGAGAUUCCUCAGCUCCAGGGCCUUGGCAGCCUUUUUGGCAUCCUCCUCGUCGCUGUCCUUCUCCAGGUCGCUAUCCAGAUUCCCGCCUACGUUGUUCUCGUGCGAGUCCAGGCCUCUCUUCUCCCCGCUGACGCCGACACCAUCAUUCCUUUCGACCGCUCUUUCAACGGCCGUAUCGAGCCCGUUGUUGUCGGUGGCCUCGGCUAUGCUACUGUUCGCGACGCCUGGUCCAGCUUCUCCAAGUCUGCCUGGCGCCGUAUUGUCAUGCUCAGCGUCAAGAUUGUCGCUGUCACCUUUGCUGCCCUCUGCGUCAUUUUCGCCGUUAUCAUCCCUCAGAUCAUCCUCUUGGCUGCCAUGGGAACCGACGACGGUGAUGGCAACCAGGACAUCAAGAUAUAAAUGAAUGAUCUGCGCUUUCUACGUACGACUUGUCACUUGAUGAUAUCCCCUUUGGUUAACUGUCUGUUGUCCUUCGUCUACAAAGGCAUGUAAACGGUUCAGAUUGUAAAGCUUUCCGUCAAGAAUACCACUCUGUUAUAGCUCUCUUUGAUAUAAGCAAGAAAUAAAAAUAAAAUGUUUGUUUUGUUAGAAAUUCAAUCAAUUCAUUGACUCUCUUAUACUUCGUGCCUUUAGCUAUGGGGUCGUGACAAGACUCAUGUAAGCUUCCUCUACUGCU